CCAGGGCGCAGGCGCCGCCCGGCUGGCCCCGCCCACUCAAUGGCGGCCCCCAACAGCAGCCACGGGACAGGCUUCCUGGAGACCAUGGAGGCGGAGGAGGAGGGGGGCUUCGCGCCCUCGGCCCUGGGGACCCGAGAACAUUGGGAUGCUGUCUACGAAAGAGAACUGCAGGCUUUUCAAGAAUGUGGAGAUUCGGGAGAAAUAUGGUUUGGAGAAGAAAGUAUGAACCGAUUAAUCAAGUGGAUGGAAAAAUGCAAGAUCCCAUUGGAUGCUUCAGUGCUUGACAUUGGAACUGGAAAUGGGAUCUUUCUGGUUGAAUUGGCAAAAUUGGGAUACUCUGAUGUUACUGGAAUUGAUUACUCUCCUUUGGCAAUACAGCUUUCUGGAAGAAUAAUAGAAAAGGAAGGUUUACCUAACAUUAAGUUACAGGUGGAAGACUUUUUGAAUCCUUCCACCAGACUAUCUGGAUUUCAUAUUUGCAUCGACAAAGGAACCUUUGACGCCAUAAGCCUGAAUCCUGACAGUGCAUCUGAGAAGAGAAAGCAGUAUGUGAAAUCUCUCUCCAGGGCAUUGCAAGAUAAAGGCUUCUUUCUCAUCACUUCUUGUAACUGGACUAAGGAUGAGCUGCUAAAUGAGUUCAGUGAAGGAUUUGAAAUUGUGGAAGAAUUGCCAACGCCCACGUUUACCUUUGGAGGGAGAUCUGGAAACAGUGUAACAGCAUUGGUUUUCCAAAAAAAGUGAGGUCUUUCUCUGGACAAAUCAAUUUUCCUUUUGAAAAAGCCUGAAUGUCAGGUUAAUUCUGACAGAGGUAGACAUGUCAGCAAAUUGUUCCUCAGUACAAGCAAAACAGAGGGCCGAACAUGCCGGAUGCUUACAGUGGGGCGGUGAGAAAUCCUGGACCUGCAAGGGGCUGGUUUGGAGAGACUGACAGAAUUAGUUUGAAUAUAUCUUAUAUUUGGGGUGUACAUAUUUUCUUAUUUGACUAAAACAAAUCUCUGUAAUUGCUGAACAAUUUAAAACGUGAAAGCAGUAAAGGAACUUUGUAGUUUUAAUUGUGCAUGUUGGUGUAAUUUUUUGAACUUUGCUAUUUGCCAAGACUUGACCAAAACUCCAUUUCAGGUUCAAAAUUUUUUUAAAAAUCUGUUAUUUUUAUUUUUUAAUUAAACUUUUUAAAUUAUAGCUAGUAAAGAAUGCCACUUAAUUUUGAUUUAGGAUUUCUGGUUUUUUUCCUACAAUAAACUACCUUUCAGCUGUG